AUGGCCACCAAAUCACCAAACUCUACCCUGCAGAUGAAGAAGGAAGCGCGUGUUGAUACACCCACCUCCGAGGCUUCUUGUGCUGCUACGCUUCGCAUUGGUUGUGACAAAAUUGCGCACACUGGAUUCAUCUCACUUUGGUUUGAAGGGACACUAGCUAACUCACCCGAUAAACCACAGAACCUGGUCCUGAAUAUCAUCCCAACUAUAAUUUUGACUUGUGAAUUUGCGGCUGCCACCGAGAUUAGAGACACCUCAACACUGUCUUUGACACUCUCCAAGCCUGGCGCGGUUUUCGGUCCCACCGGAACAGACUCUCUCAGGCCUUUUGAUCCGGACGAUUCGAAGUUCCACUCAUUUGCUGCCAUCUGUAAAUCCACAAUCAUUUCUCUCAAUUUCUCUCGCCACCAUUUCGACAAAGCAGAAAUUACAAAGAUAUCAUCUAUAUCGCGCUUUCUACAACAAAAAUCUGUCCAGCCCAGGUGUUUCGAACAUCAACGACAUAACUUGGCUCCAAAAUACCAGAAAGAUUUCGAACCGCCGGCCAAACUACCGCCAUAUCGUGAAAAGGAUGUGUCCCAACAAAUCAGAGAGGUGCAACCUCCCGCCUAUCGCGAGCAGCCCGUUGACGAGCAGGUGGUUGGCGAGCAGGUGGUUGGCAAGCGGCGCAGAGACACAUUGUCAACCCCGCCUGACCAUGAAAGACGGAGACGGUUACUCCUUCCAUCGCCCCAAUUAAGAGACCAUGCCGAGGAACCCAACACACCGGGUGUUCUUACCGAACCCAAUACACCUAGUACUCAUCUCUCCAUAUCAUCAUUCCGCCCAACAUGCUUCGCACACACAUCCCCGGACCACAUCGAGGACAGGAACUUCCCACACCUUGGGCAGGCGCCCCACAAUGUUUCGGAUGACCUCAUUUACGACACCACGCCGAGCUCUGAGAUCUCUCCAUCACAAUCUAUCCGCCCCACGUGUUUCACGCAUGCUCCCUCCCUCAAGCAUAGAAAGCUUCUGCGUCUCAGCCAGGGCCCCAGUCAUGUUCCUAACGAGCCAAUUUAUUCUACCGCACGGAGCUCUCGUCGGUCACGGUCUCUUCGUCCAACCAGUUUCAUACAUUCUUCGUCCCCCGAUUCCGCCGAGCGCAGGAAGCUCGAAAAUCUGAAGCAGGGAAUCCGUAAUGCUCCCGACGAGCUGCUUGUUCAAAUUCUCAAAGAGACGAAUCGUGGGUAUCUCCUCGCUUUGCCAACAGACAAGGCCAGCACACCGACGCCCAAGUUCGAGUUCAGAUCCACCAAGGCCGCAACGCUCGACGAACGGAUAGAUCGAUUAAUCGAUCAAAGGUUUGAUAAAAAGUUUGAAGAAAGAAUGGACCACUAUCUCGAAUUUGGCGAUUCACGGUUUAUCGAAAAAUUAACUGAAUGUGCCACAAGUGAGUGUCGUGAGCAGAUCUCCGAUGAAUUCAAGACUCGCGGGGUUGAGCUUGAGGAAGAGCUCGAAAGUUCUAUAUUGGAGGUUCGCCAGGCAGUUGGGGACGGGCUAGAGGACCUCAGAAAGCAACAUGCACAGUGUGAACAUGAUAUCAAGGAUCUGGAGGCCGAGGUAGUUGCGGCUGCGGAAACGGCCGCGAAGAAAGCUGUGUCGAACAUUUUGACACGCUCGCACAAUACUUCUAGGCAGUCCUUACAUGGUAGCAACUUCUGCCCGCUCCAUGGGCUCGGCGCCAAUACAAGGCGAAGCUCUACCUAG